CUGCGUCAAAAUUAAAUGGCGGCGUACAGAGUGGCCACGCUUGCCCAGUGAAAAGUUGUUUAUAUAUUUCAUGUUUCUUCUUCCCGCAACGUAUUGAGAGUAACCAGCUGGAGUCAUGUCCGGACGGCAGAGCAACAAGUUGCCGAACAACCUGCCGCAGCUUCAGAAUCUGAUCAAACGGGACCCGCAGUCGUACGUGGAGGAGUUUCUGCAGCAGUACCGACAUUACCAGUCCAAUGUGCAGAUCUUCAAACUCCAGCCUGACAAACCCAACAAGGAGCUGGCAGAGUUGGUCAUGUUCCUUGCACAGGUUGGUCACUGCUACACCCAGCAGCUGUCUACCUUUCCUCAAGAGCUGUCUGAGUUACUCCUGAGCUACCACACAGUCCUGGAGCCAGACCUGCGGAUGACCUUCUGCAAAGCCCUGAUUCUUCUGAGGAAUAAAGACUUGAUCAACCCCUCAGGCCUCCUGGAGCUCUUCUUUGAGCUGCUGCGGUGUCAUGACAAACUGCUCAGGAAGACGCUGUACACACACAUUGUGACGGAUAUCAAAAAUAUCAAUGCCAAGCACAAAAACAACAAGGUCAACACAUCAUUGCAGAACUUUAUGUACACCAUGCUGAGGGACAGUAAUCCCAUCGCGGCCAAGAUCUCAUUAGACGUGAUGAUGGAGUUAUACAAGAGGAACAUCUGGAAUGACGCCAAAACGGUAAAUGUCAUUACAACAGCCUGCUUCUCAAAGGUGACAAAGAUUCUUGUCGGAGGCCUCAAAUUCUUUCUGGGCAAAGACGAAGAUGAGAAAAGUGACAGUGACUCAGAUUCAGAGAAUGAGGGGCCGUCAGCCAGAGACCUGAUGGUGAGAUACUCCACCGGCAAGAAAAGCACCAAGAACAAGAAGAAGAUGGACAAAGCCAUGAAAGUUCUCAAGAAACACAAGAAAAAGAAGAAGCCCGAAGUCUUUAAUUUCUCCGCAAUUCACCUGAUUCAUGAUCCUCAAGAUUUCUCCGAGAAGCUUUUGAAACAACUGGAAGCCUCAAAAGAGCGUUUCGAGGUGAAGAUCAUGAUGAUGGAUCUUAUAUCCCGGCUGGUUGGAAUCCACGAGCUCUUCCUCUUCAACUUCUACCCCUUCAUUCAGAGGUUUCUCCAGCCGCACCAGAGAGAGGUGACGAAGAUCCUGCUGUGUGCCGCUCAGGCCUCCCACCAGCUCGUCCCUCCGGAGAUAAUCGAGCCGAUGAUCAUGACCAUCGCCAACAACUUUGUGACUGACAGAAACUCUGGGGAGGUCAUGACUGUGGGGAUCAACGCGAUCAGGGAAGUCGCUGUUCGCUGUCCGCUGGCCAUCAAUGAAGACCUGCUUCAGGAUCUGACUCAGUACAAAACACACAAAGAUAAGAAUGUGAUGAUGUCUGCCAGAGGUUUGAUCCAGCUGUUCCGGAGUCUCAACCCACAGAUGCUGCAAAAGAAGGACAGGGGGAGACCCACAGAGGCUUCCACCGAGGCCAAGAUCAAGGAGUACGGAGAGCUGCAGGCCAGAGAUUUCAUCCCUGGAGCUGAAGUCCUGGAGGUGGAGGGGGAGAACAAAGAGGGCGCCGAGGACGGAGCAGAUGGCUGGGAGAGCGCCAGCAUCAGUGAUGAUGAUGAAGAUGGGGAGUGGGUGGACGUUCAUCACUCAUCUGAUGAAGACACGACAGAAGUGACGGAGAAGCUUCAGAGCAUUCCAGCGGAGGAGAGGCAAGCCAUGGCGGCGGCCGUCAGCAGCAGCCGGUUCCUCACUCAGGACGACUUCAAGAAGAUCCGUCUGGCUCAGAUGGCCAAGGAGGUGAACGCCGCUCCGGGAAAAGGCCAGAAGAGGAAGAACGUGGAAAGUGACGAUGAGGACGAGAGGGGGGAGCUGCUGAGCCUGAGGAACAUUGAGAAGCUGCAUAAGAAACCAAAAUCGGACAAGGAAACCCGACUGGCCACAGCGAUGGCGGGAAAAACCGAUCGGAAGGAGUUUGUGAGGAAGCGGAUCAAGCUGAACCCACACGCCAGCACCAGCAACAAGGAGAAGAAGAGGAAGAAGAACUUCAUGAUGAUGAGACACAGUCAGAACGUCAGAAGUAAAGGAAAACGCUCCUUCAGAGAGAAACAGAUCGCCCUGCGAGAUUCACUCCUGAAGAAGAAGAAGCAUAAGUAGGGACGCGGUCUCGCGUUUUCCUCGUGCUGGCCGUCAGACGGCUGUCACAAACCUGAACUUUGACUGUGUCAAAUAUUAUUAUGCAACAUUGACAUGAUCUGUAAUAAAGGGUUAAGCCGUUGUUUCACCAGAUGGACUGUGUAUGCUGAAAUAAAUCAUUUUUUC